AUGGAUGCCAAAGUCUCUUGUUUCAACAAAAAAAUCGUUUCUUUUUCGUUACUAUACGAUUGGAUUUGUUGGAAAAUCAGUCCUCUGCGAUUAUUUGCAAUCACCGUAUGUGCAAAUGAAAAAGUAGUUUCUGAUGUGCAAAUAUCCAUGAAUAGCCGUCUCUUGCCAUACCAUUUGAAAAAGAGACAAAAACUAGAAGAAUCUUUUCCAGAGCAAAGUUUGGUCUCUCAAAAAAACGGUCAAGAUGGCACACCCAUGGAUGAUUCCGAUGACGACGACGAUGAUGAUGAUGAAUCAUGGAAAUAUUUGCCUAUGGUGUGCGAACAAUGUGAUGCGACCAUUCCUAUUCUAUCGGAACAUGAAAAAAGAUUGGAUUUAUGUGGUGACCUGAUGGAUCUGUACUCGGUUGAUAUUCAACUAAAAAGGAAUGCAUUUGAAAAAAUGCCACCCUUUGAUUCAAAGGAUGAUCUAUUCCCUCCACCAGUACCAUUAAUUGCCGAAAUCAAUCAUCGACUCGUCAAAUUUGACCAACCUGAAUCACCCCAUGUGGAGAUUUUUCUACACGAGGCUCUCAACACCACCUCGAUAGCACUCAACAGUAACAGGUCAGGAAUUGCACCCUCCAUGCGGAACCUAUUCAAUCUUAUUAAAACUACAUCCGAUCCCUCGAUGCAAUUUAGAAUUCGUGAUGCAUAUCCCUUUGUCCACGACUCGUCUACUGGCGGAUUUGAAAAUGAAAUCAAACAUGAAAUCAUGGUGAAGGAAUUAAUGAAGCAUUUUUCAAUGACAACGUCCAAGCUCAUUAUUGUUUGUGGACAAUUCCCUUGCAAGGCAGCCAAAGAGGCUUUUAAUGCCAAUCCUUUGGAUUACGAAAUGGUUGACUAUAGUCAAGAAUCUUAUCACACCAUUUUAGAUAAAGCCAAAGGCACAACCGAGGACAAAGAGGUGGAUGUAAGUAGGAUAAUUCCUAAAAGGCUCAUUGCUAUCGCCCCGCAUCCAUCAGUCAUGUUUGCGUUGCACAUAACAGCAGCCUAUAUUUUGAUUGCUCAUGAUAUCUACAAAAUGGCUCCAAAGGUAUCUCAAUUUGACCCAGUUCAAACAUUUAAAUCGAAUUCCCCCUCGUCUGCCUCGUCCUCCUUCUCCUCCACGUCCUUAUCAUCCACGUCAUCUUCAUCAUCUGCCUCGUCAUCUUCAUCAUCUGCCUCGUCUUCCUCGUCUGCCUUGUCCCCGUCCUCCUCGUCCUCCUCCACGUCCUUAUCAUCCACGUCAUCCUCAUCAUCUGCCUCGUCUUCCUCGUCGUCCUUAUCAUCCACCUCCUCUUCAUCAUCCUCCCCUUCGUCCUCCAAUCAAAAUACCACCAAACGCCCAAAUCUAAGUAACAAAACAAAAGAUUUUCCUAAACUUAAACAAUGGACGUUGGAACAUCUAGUUGAAGAGGCCACAUCCCGUAAAAUCGACGUAGAGAAUAUCAAAGAAGAUCGUCUUCAAGUGGAAUGUGUUUUGUUGAAAUCGGUCCUUGGGGUUCAAAUAUGGUCAGAACAAAAAAUUGAACAACUAUUGGUUCUUCAUGACGUUGGAAACCCUCAAAAAAGCCGUGCAAAGGUGUCUCGCUUCCACCUCGUCCCCAUCUCCGUCCUCCUACUUGCCCACCCCUUCCUCACCCUUGACCGAUACCUCAACCACCUCAUCUCACUCCCCUCUUCCCCAUCCUUGACCGAUGCCCCACCCACUUCAUCCUCAUCCGAUACCUCAACUCCACCCUCUUCCACCGAUACCUCAUCCUUGACCGAUACCUCAACCACCUCAUCCGAUACCUCAACUCCACCCUCUUCCACCGAUACCUCAUCCUUGACCUAUACCUCACUCCCCUCACACUCAUUCUCCUACUCCUCCUACUCUAAACCUUUUGUAAAAAAUGAAAAGUGCGUUUACAAAGAUGAAGAGAAACAUAUAAGAGCAAAGAGAGAUUUUUAUCACUCUGGAAUGUGUAGAAGGCGCCGAAGCAAAUGGAAAGUUAUGAGGGAAAACAACUGUGGCAAUUAUCUUUAUAUCGGAAUUGAUCCUGGAAGGUCAAAAUGUACGAUUGUAGACUCUAUGAAUCGUGCUCGAGUGGUUUCAGUGGCAUCUUAUUACAACCUCAUGGGCACUGACCGUCUUCUGGCAAGACAACAAAACUACAAAAAGAACCCGGUCCUGUCCAAAUUUGAAAGUGAAUUGCCACCCUAUAAUACCUUUGAUACUUUAUUCAAUGUAGAAUCUGUAUUGAGACGAAUAGAGUAUGAAAGAAUUACCCAUAGGGAUCAAUGUCGUCUUUAUUCCCAUGUAGUGACGUCCUAUACGUUUCAGACCAUGGACAAGAACAGGAACAUUGACAAGAAGCGCGCCCAAUAUGCCUAUGCAAAGAGCUUUGUACCACCAACAACAAUCCCGAAAAAUAGAAUAGUGAUUUAUAUUGGAGGGUCUGAUUUUUUCCAUGGAUCCCGAGGUGGUGGUAGAACUGGUUGUACAUCAAAGACACUACUCAGACUGUUUUUGAAUAUGGGUUACAAGGCACGUCUUGUCAAUGAAUUUAAUACCUCCAAAAUUCAUAAUGCAUGUGCCUCCAAAAUUCAUUCUACCAACAACAACAAGUUCCUAGAAAAAGCUAAACACCAAAAGGUUAAAAAUGUGUUGCCAGAAUCUUUUGAAAAGACCCAUGUUGUUGGUGCACCCAUAUCCUCCACGUUUUCAGACAAUGGUGUUCGUUGGCAAGGAAAGGAUUCCAAGUUAUGUGAUGGUUGCAAAUUGACUGAUUACAAUUGUCAAUGCUCCAAGGCUCAAUUGGCGGACAAAGAGAAUGAUUCAACUCUGAAAGUGUCUCAAUUGGCAGAUGAUAUGAAUGAAACUCUAAAAGUAUUCAUAUCACUUGAAAAUACUUCACCCUCUCCAACUAUGCUAUUGGAAUCCCUUUUCUCUUUAAGCAAAAAGACUGUCAAGGAGUUGAUAGAGUUUUGCAAUCUAAACUCUAUCAAAUACUAUCAACAAGAAGAGCCAACCAAAGGGAAAAACAAAAGAGGUUCUCACAAGGAUAGUAAGGGUGGUGCUACCAACAGCAAAAAGGACCAACUUAUCAACGCUAUCAUCAAGUUUAAUUUUGAAAAACAAAAAAGGGAUGCUAGCAAAAAUAAGAAAAAGAGGUCAAAAUCGUCAUCAACUACUAAUGAUCGUUGUAAGGACCAAGAUCAAAGCAAUAGUCAAAAGGAUGGGAACAAGUCUACAAGCAACUCUGUUUCGACCCACGAUUAUGGUUUUGGUAAGUCUCUUUGUGAUAGUCAGAUCAAAGAUCUCUGGAAGUCAAAGAACCCAAAUGCGACAGAAAUGCCAUUUAAAACUAAAUGGCAAUGGCUAUAUUGUCCAGUUUGUGAUCAUUUCUUCAACAGAGACUCGAGCGCUGCAAAGAAUAUUCUCUUAUUGGGAAUCUUACACCAAACCGCAGAUUACAGGCCAUGGAUUUAUCGUCCUUUACCUGCCGAUAUCGUGCAUAUUGGGAGGAUUUGUUUUAAAUCUCAUUUUAUUGUGACAAUGGACAGAUCAUCAUCACCACCACCACCACCACCACCACCACCAAUGACCACCACAUCAGAACAACCUUUAAAAAAGCAGAGGUCCACCACCACCACCACCACCACCAACACCACCACUACCGCCACCACCUCUACCUUUACCAUCGCCACCACCACCAGUACCUACACCGAGUUGCAACCAAUGCAACUAGAUUAUACAACUCUCCCCUUACCUGCAACAUCAUUCAUUGGAUCCAUAUCCAAAAUCGUCAAUCCACCAUCUCUCACACAUGAACAGCUAAUGACAACUUAUUACAAUGGAGAGGAGAUUGAUAAGGAUUGUCUCAGAAAGACUUCGAUGGUACUACCUGGUAUCCAAGAGAUAUUUAGUAAAACGAUGUUGGAACUCAUCUGGCGAGUAGUUGAUUACAACAACAUUGCUUCCCACCAUUUAACAGUAGAACUGAACAAAGUCAUUUUACUUGACUGGGUCAAAAUCAACAAGGAACAAAAGAAAUACACACUCAAAGAGAAAUUGGAUGCCUUUAAUCAAAACAACUUUUUUACCCAGUCAGGAGUUAAAAUUGAAAAAGAUGAAUGUGAGAAGCUAUAUGAUGAUUUGGAAUCAAUAUGUAACUUGGAAUCGUUUAUGUUUGACUAUAAGGUUAUUUUAUUAAUGGUCAAAUUGAUCAUUUUGGACAAAGAAUUUUUUGCUCGAUCUCAAGCGUGCAUCAGUUCCAUACAUCUUAAAAAGUAUCAAGAGAUCACACACAAAGUAAAGGAACACUUGGACAACACCAAACCUUUCACCGGAGCCGAGCUCAAGGCGUUCAUCAAACUCGGCCAAGAACGUUACCGACUUGAAUAUGCAUUUGGAAAGAAAAUCUCUACUCUCACGGCAAGAUUCUUUCUCUUCUUUAUUUUAAUUCCAAUUUGGGUAAAAGAAAUCGACCAGACAACCAAGAAAACCAUCCGAAUUUAUCGACUAAAAGCAGUUCCUCAGCUCGAUAGAAAUGAUACGAAUAUUACUGGAAGUAGUAGUAGUAAUGGUAGAACUAUUAGUAACGACAUCAACAACAAUAAUAAUAAUAUAAAUAGUAAUGGUACUGAUAGUAGUAAUAGUGGUGGUAGUAAUGAUAGUACUUUUGGUCUUGAUAUCAACAACAACAAUAAUAAUCAAUAUAUUAUUAACAAUAAUAAUAAUAAUAAUAAUAAUAAUAAUAAUAAUAAUAAUAAUAGUAACAAUUAUUUUUUACCGGCAACUGACAAGGUCGAGAAAAUUGCAUGGGAGAAUAUAAUUUUUAACGAGAUGGCUCGAUCGACAAUGAUCAAUACAAUCAAUCAUGCAGUUGUGAUGGUCGAUCAAUUAUGGAAAAGUGAGUUAGCGAUUCAUCAACUACCUACAAAGGAUCUCGAUGAUGUUGAUGAAAUUGACCAUCAAAUAUCUAAAUUGACUCCUGAUCAAAGGAAGGCAAGAGAAGAUAUCAUGAAAAAGUAUGGUGAUUUACACAUCAAAUUAGAGGCUAAACAAAAGGUUGAUGCUAGAGUUGCCAAUAUCGCCGAUGAAGUCGCUUCUUUGAUCAAAUUUGGAGAUUCUUUCCAAGAAUUUUGUAAGAGAAAGGAAUCGGAUCGAUUGGAAGCUGAAAGACUUGUACAAGAAAAAGAAACAGUAGAUGAAAAGAAAAAGAGAGAAGAAAAGGAGGAGGAGGCGGCCAAAAAGGCAAAGGAGGCCGCUUCGAGGUUACAGAAGAAAAGAAAAAGAAACAAAUCAAAAAAACUAGCGAGUGAAAAGAGAGAAAGGAUCAGAGCAGGUAUUGAAAAGAACAUAAAUGAUAUUAUCGAUUUUAUCAACAAAAAACCAAAACCAUCUGCCAUUAAGCGAUCAAAAAAUCAAUCCAAAACAAAGGCCAGUCGAAAAAUGAUUCAAGCAAUGAAUAAUAGUUUUAUUCAUCAAAGAAUCUCCAACUCUAACGUCGUUUCCCACUCCAACAUCGUUUCCAACUCUAACAUCGUUUCCAACUCUAACAUCGUUUCCAACUCUAACAUCGUUUCCAACUCUAACAUCGUCUCCAACUCUAACAUCGUUUCCAACUCUAACGUCGUUUCCAACUCUAACAUCGUUUCCCACUCCAACAUCGUCUCCAACUCUAACAUCGUUUCCAACUCUAACAUCGUUUCCAACUCUAACAUCGUUUCCAACUCUAACGUCGUUUCCAACUCUAACGUCGUCUCCAACUCUAACAUCGUUUCCAACUCCAACGUCGUUUCCAACUCUAACAUCGUUUCCCACUCCAACAUCGUUUCCAACUCUAACGUCGUCUCCAAAAGUGCCAAGCUCCAGAAGGAAAACAAUAAAGCCUACAAGGAACAAAUGCGGGAGUAUAAAAAAGCAAAGGAAAUAGAAAGGAUCAUAUCCCUUCACCCAUCGGAACGAUCAUCUUCAUCGUCAUCAAUAUCAUCGACGCCGACUUCAGUAGUAGAGCCACCACCACCAUCAUUCCCAUCAGCAUCAUCGUCGUCGACUUCAGGAGCAGAACCGUCACCACCAUCUUCUUCGUCACCAUCGCCAUCAGUUUCAUCGACUUCAGGAGCAGAACCGCCACCACCAUCUUCUUCGACAGAUCCAGAGGAGGAAGAGAAGAAGAAAAAGAUUCCCGGUAUGUCAAACCUUUCACCAAUAGUACCCAUAGCCAAACUCGAUGCACAAAAGCCAUUUACAUCAAAUUUGCUCGAAGCUUUGCUUAUUUACUAUCACAAAGAUUUAGGAAUUAAAAAGGAUUUUAAUCCCUCUGAAGCAUUGGCUCCAUCACUGUUUGAUGGCAUGCCAACGGUCACUUGUCAAUCGGUACCUCCACCAUCUUUGGUUUAUUCACCAGAUUCAAUGGUAACGUUGGAUCAUAAAUUCGCUAGUAUAUCAGUGCCUACACUUACUCCACCAUCACUUCCUCCUGUACCAUCACUUCCACCUGAACCAUCACUUCCACCUGUACCAUCGCCUCCACCUGUACCAUCACCUCCAUCAAAGAAGAAGGUCAGCAAGCCAUCUGCUGGCAUGAAGAAAAAAGGUGGACCUCCACCUGUACCAUCACCUCCAUCAACACAGAAGGUCAGCAAGACCAACAAGUUCAUGAAAUUUGCAGGCAAGAAGAAACUAAAAGUUCCCGCUUGGUCAAGUUUUCAUAUGGAUACACCUUCUGCCAGACGUCCGCACACUCUAGUGUCUGUUUCAUUGGCAUGGAACUCGCGUCAUCCAAAUAACCCGAUAGACACUAGAAAGAAUAGAAUUUAUAUUAUUAAUCAGUUGAACGAACGAGGUGUGGUGCCACCACCACAAAAGCCGAUCAUUGCUCCAGCCGACCGAUUUAAAGAUAUAGAGAUAGGAAAGAUUCGUGUGUUUUUCGACAAGCAAGCUUUCUUUACCACCGAUGGAGCAAGCAUCACCUUUACCUACAACACCAUCAAGACACCAAAUGAUAUCAUUGAUUAUGGCAAAAAGAUAUUGAUCGAUGAAAAGGAUCGAGUACCUUUUUCUCCAAAAACCAUCUACGAAAAUGAUAUCAUCAACAAAAUGAGAGAUGAGAACAUGGAGGAUGUUAUGGCCUUUGGUGUUGAUCCUGGCCGAAGAGGUAACUAUUGGACUUGCAACCAACUACCAUAUACCUUUGAUCAAAGGGGUGAUGUACGCAGCAGCAAGUUGGGAUCCAAAUUCCUCAACGAGCGAGAGAAGGCUUUGUUUGGUGACAAACUUUAUCAUUUCCAAAGUGAUUUGCCUAGUCUAAAACAUGAUGUCUUUGAUCCUCAAACAUUUACAGAUAGACUAGAGUAUUACAAGAACCCUCUCUACCUCGAAUAUAUUGAAACAAAGACUGACCGUCUGCAACGGCUAAACUGGUACAAGAACCACUCUUUUAGAAAAAAGAGAUUGAACCAAUCUUAUUUCAAAGAGGCCGAGGUCUACAUGGAGGAAUGUUGGAAGGCAAAGUAUCCAGAAAUGAUACAAAAUCGGUCUGCUGAGGGGAAGAAAAAGUUUAUUAAAGAGAAUAUUUUUGGAGCUGCCAAGUUUAGUCACAAUAGUAGAGGAAGUCCAACCACCUUUAAGGCAUCUACCGUGGCUGGUCACUACAAAUCAGUAGACUACAAUAUUAUUAUGAUUAACGAGUUUAACACCUCUCGACAACAUUUCGACUGUUGGGCACGUUCCGAGAAGAACCAUUUGGACAACUUUAACAAACAUGUGCCUCAUGUCAAAGGUGAACCAUUUCAAUUCAAAAUGGGCGACCUUCGCAAAAGAGAAUUGAACAUGGACUACCUAGACCAACAAAUCAUGUGCAACGACAAGGAUUGUCAAUCGGCACAUGACAAUGGUCACACUCAUUGCUGCCAACUCAAAAAAGGUAGUCUAUUUUCAUUGGACCAUCUCCAAUCACAAGCUGGAUUGGACGAGUUUCUCCAAAGCAAUGGUCUGUUGGAUGAAAACAACAAAGGAAGGACCAUUGAUCCUAGUUACAGAUCAGCCAACAACAAUAAUAAUAAUAAUAAUAAUAAUAAUAAUCGAGCCAACAACAAAAAGAGAAAAAAGAAGGAUGUAAAGAAUAAUAAUGAUACACAACCUUUAAAUAAUGAUGGUAUGGAGAUUCAUGGUACCCACUCUCAAACAGUCCAAUGUACUAGCACAUCACCAAAAUCUGACGAUUAUUUAAAGGAUCAGGUAUUAUACAAUCGCGACAUCUCCAAAGCUACCAUCGUGGAUAUGCCUGGUUGUCAUGUAUACGUACCUUGGAAGACGGCUUAUUGUACCUGUUGUAAACGUUCAUUCAACAGAGACAAAAAUGCCUCACUCAACAUCCUCCUUCUCGGUAUCUUGUUGAUCUGGAAAGAUCUAUACAGACCAACAAGAUACAAAGGAAUUACCAAUAUUGACGAAGCAACCAUCGUAAUUUGUACACAACUCUCAAAGAAGAAUAAGGAAGAUUUUAUAUUAUAA